AUGAUUGAGGAGUGCGAUGUGGCGGAGGAAUUGAGCUAUUGGGAAAAUGCGCUAAUCCUCUUUGCGCUUGGAGAAUCUCUCUCGAUGCACGCAGUGAAGAAUUUCAUGGAGAAAACCUGGAAUUUCGUGUCUCUCACAGAGUUAUACUUCAAUGACUCUAGUUACUUCAUUGUCAUGUUCAAGAAUCAUGAGGAACUAAGCCAAGUCAUGAAACAAGGACCUUACUUCAUCUAUGGUAAACCUCUAUUCCUGAAAUACUGGACUAUUGAUUUUGAAUUGAAAGAGGAUUUGCUUCGUGUACUCCCUCUAUGGAUUACUAUGCCAAAUUUACCUCUACACCUCUGGGGAGAAAAAAGUUUAUCCAAGAUUUCUAGUGUUGUGGGAAGACCUAUUAUGACUGAUGAGUGCAUAGCAAGGAAGCUGAGAAUUUCAUAUGCAAGGGUGUUGGUGGAAGUAGACAUCACCAAACUUGUUAAAAAAGGAGUGACCAAAAAGGAUCAUAAUGGGAGGGAAAGGGAACAGAAAAUUGAAUAUGAAUGGAGGCCUAAGUAUUGCCAAACAUGUUUGAGAAUAGGACAUGACUGCUUGAUCAAAUAG